CAAUAUCUCUAUCAAUUGAAUAUUAGUAUUAAAGGUUAAGGUUUAAAACUAAAAGUUUUUAGAUUCUGAGUUCAUUUGUGAACAACGAGUUAUUUAUAAUUUAUAUUAAGACACAGUUGUUUCAGUUUUGUAUUCAAUUUAAUUAUUGUAUUAAAAUGUGUGAUUUAAAAAAUCUGUUGAUUGCUUUAAUUGUGUCCAUAAUUGGCGUCAAUUGCUUCGACGACAACGAUAUCGAGUCGUGUAUGAAGAGUAAACACCAUAAGGGAAGGCCCGGCAAAGAAGAUAGUCUUCACGACCAGUGCAAGGGAUGGGAACAGUAUUCGUGCUGUACUAAGGAGUCGACCAUUGGAGCACAUAAUGAGAUCAAUCACUAUAACUUUAACUACAACCACUGUCCUGGACACAAAAUGAGCGACAAAUGCAGAGAGCAUUUCACUCAAGACUUGUGUUUCUUUGACUGCGACCCAUACCUGAAGCCGUGGAUUGUGAGAGUGAACCGCACUUUU